GUUGCGCCUUCACUACUCGCCGUUUCAAAAUGCUGCUAAGACCUUAGGGACAGUUGAGUGACGCCCCCACACCCCCGGGCUCGGCGGAAAGCGACUCAUGGAACGGCCGUGAGCAGACUUCACUUCACUUCACUGCCAAAAUGACAUCAUUUUCCACCUCUACCCAGUGUUCAGCAUCUGACAGUGCUUGCAGGAUCUCGCCAGAACAAACCAAUCAGGUACGACCAAAACUGCCUCUUUUGAAGAUUUUGCAAGCAGCAGGUGCCCAAGGUGAAAUGUUCACUGUUAAAGAGGUUAUGCAUUAUCUAGGCCAGUAUAUCAUGGUGAAGCAGCUUUAUGAUCAGCAGGAGCAGCACAUGGUAUACUGUGGUGGAGAUCUUUUGGGAGAACUCCUAGGUCGUCAGAGCUUCUCUGUGAAAGAUCCAAGCCCUCUCUAUGAUAUGCUAAGAAAGAAUCUUGUCACGUUAGCUACUGCUGCUACAGAUGCUGCUCAGACUCUCGCUAUCGCACAGGAGCACAGUAUGGAUAUUCCAAGUCAAGACCAACUGAAGCAAAGUGUAGAGGAAAGUUCCAAUUCCAGGAAAAGAACUGAAGAAGGCAAUAUUCCCACGCUGCCUACCUCACAGUAUAAAUGCAAAAAUUCUAGAGAAGAUGAAGACUUGGUAGCAAAUUUAACACAAGAAGAGACGUCAAGACUGGACCUCGGGUUUGAGGAGUGGGAUGUAGCUGGCUUGCCUUGGUGGUUUUUAGGAAACUUAAGAAAUAACUAUACACCUAGAAGUAAUGGCUCAACUGAUUUACAGACAAAUCAGGAUAUAGGUACUGCUAUUGUUUCAGACACCACAGAUGACUUGUGGUUUUUGAAUGAGUCAGUGUCAGAGCAGUUUGGUGUUGGAAAAAAAGUUGAAGCUGCUGAUCCUGAACAAACAAGUGAAGAAGUAGGGAAAGUGACAGACAAAAAGGUGAUUGAAGUGGGAAAAAAUGAUGACCUUGAGGACCCUAAAUCCAUAGGUGAUGAUACUGAUAUAGAACUUACCUCUGAGGAUGAGUGGCAGUGUACUGAGUGCAAGAAAUUUAACUCUCCAAGCAAGAGGUACUGUUUUCGUUGCUGGGCCUUGAGGAAGGAUUGGUAUUCAGAUUGUUCUAAGUUAACCCAUUCUCUCUCCACAUCUGAUAUCACUGCCAUACCUGAAAAGCAAGAAGGUGAAGGAAUUGACGUCCCUGACUGCAGAAGAACUGUAUCGGCUCCAGUUGUUAGACCGAAAGACACAUACAUAAAGGAAGAAAGCGCGAAACGUUUGGAUCCUUGCAACUCGGUGGAGUUCUUGGAUUUGGCUCAUAGUUCUGAAAGCCAGGAGACGAUAUCAAGCAUGGGAGAACAAUCAGAUAACCUUUUUGAACAGAGAAAAGAUACAGAAAACAUGGAGGAUUGCCAGAAUCUUUUGAAGCCAUGUAGUCUGUGUGAGAAAAGACCACGAAACGGGAACAUUAUUCACGGGAGGACAGGCCAUCUUGUCACUUGUUUUCAUUGUGCCAGAAGACUAAAGAAGGCUGGGGCUUCUUGUCCUAUUUGCAAGAAGGAGAUUCAGUUGGUUAUUAAGGUUUUUGUAGCAUAGCUGAAUCAGUGAAUUACAGACAGAUAUUAACAGAGCUGGUCAUGUGUCCUAAUAUCAGUAUUGAGCGUCUCUACGCAGGGUGCCCAUUUCAUUUAUUCAUGUGAACUUUUAUGUUCUAGGACAUUUUUACCUCUAAACUUAUAGUAUCAGAGAAUAAGUUCUUUAGAACUAAAUUAUCAAUUUGGAGACUAUUAACAUUAAAAGAGAAGUUAAUCAAUUCUGUCUUCAAAGAUGAGGGCCUGGGAGGGAGCAGUAACAGAUAGAAAUACAUUCAUUUUUAUUUAAUUUAAUUUCUUACUGUUAUUUUCUGGUAGGGAAUGUUCUUGGGCAUCAAAAUCCAAGGUGGCUAUUAGAAAGAUACUAAAGCUAUCAAUGAAAAAGCAUAAGUAAUUAAUGUAUAAAGUAGAUUACUUUAUGUUGUGUGGUUGAGAGAAACGAUUAUUUUUGUAAAGUGCCUAGAACAGUGAUAUCCAACAUUUUUGCUAACAUACCUCAAAAAACAAUUUUGAAAAAGUACAUAUGACUUUUUGCACCUUUUAAAAAUUGAGGUGUAGUUAGCAAACAAUAAAGUGUUGCCUUCUGCUGAGUUCUAGGCAUCUCAGUAGCCACCUGGAGCAAGCAGUAGCACAUCUCUGUCUCGCGGAAUGUUCUCUUGGAUCCUUUUCCAGGCAGCUCCUCCAUCAUUUCAUGACUCUCACCCUUGAUUAGUUUUCCUUUUGCACCUGUUGAAUUUGACUUCUAAAGUUUUAAAAUAACUCUAAGUACUUAAAGAGGAUGUAUCCAAUAUAUUGCAGCUGUGCUUUAAAUAUAUUUUUGCCAAAACCUUGGAGCUGUAGAUUUGGCUGAUUGAAUUUAUAGGAAAAGUCCUGUCAUAUAAACUGGCAAAGCCUAUUCACAUUAUAAAACUAAGCAGCCAAAGCAGACUUCAUUUUCAGUUGAAACGUUUGACUUUAUAUUUAUUUUUUGGCCGCACUGUACGGCAUAUGGGAUCCCUGACCAGCAUGGAGACCCAUGCCCCCUGCAUCAGGAGCAUGGAGUUUUCUUGCCGCUGAACCGCCAGGGAAGGCCCUGUUUGGCUUCAUUUUUAGUUCAGGUGCGUGUGUUGCGUGCACCUGUGGCACAGCCGUCUCAGUUGCUUCUAAGACAGGCGCAGAGAUUGUGACCAAAGCAAUCUCUGCGGUACUCUGCCCUCUUUGUCUCCUGGGAGCCUGCUAGCGGUUUCUGUCUUUUUAUUUGAUGCCUCUAGUGGUUUUUUUUAAUGUUCUGAGGUAAUGCCCCAUGAGAUUCUAGACGGGUGAGAAGCAGCCUGCCUUCUGAAAAUAGAGAUUAUAGCCAUUGGGAAAAGGAAAGUAUUUAAAGAUCACUCUGAAGAGGUUUUAUCUGAGCACAUAAAUAUUAGGAUAAUACAUAUGGAAAUUGAAUAUCUUUAAGUUGCUUUCCUUAUAGAUAUUCCUAUCUAGUUUCCCUAUUGGAAAAAAUUUUGGUGUAUGCUUAGGGGUAUGAAUAUUUUGAAGAUCAAGGCCCUAAAAUUAUUAAAGUUAAGGAUCUUAAGAAUUAGCUUGGGUUGCUUGUUAUAAGCCCAGCUCAACUCCCUGCCCCAAACACACACACCCACGCAUUCACAGGUGCUGGUGCACACACAGAUACAGACAGUAGAGCACAAUCCCUUUAUUUAGCAUUAUGUUUAGAGAAGUUUUGUUAAACCUGUAGAAAUUAACUAGCACGCACUCAUAUACUCAACCUCUUAUUUUGCACAUGAGGCGGAAAGGAUAAGUGACUGCUGAAAGUCACAGCUAGUGACAGAGCUCUUUCUGGAAUCCAAGUCCCAUACAGUAAAUCUCUAAACCAUGCUUUCUUCCUUCUCAUUAUUUGUUAACUGUUUGAACUGUGGUGUUUAUUAAAUUUGGAAUAACCGAUGGCCUUAAAAUACUGAAGAAUAUGAGCUGCAGCCAACAUAGGACUUCAGAGAGAAUAGAGACUUAACCGUUUGUCCUCAAAGAGAAAAGGCAGUACAUGUCCGCUUCUCGUACAUAAUCCGGUAAAUCACUCCUCCCACUGGAAAGACAAGUACAGGCGGCAGAGGAACCUGAACUGUCUAUCCAGUGUUUGUCCUCCUUGGGGGAUGGAGCUUAGGUCUCUGGCUGUCUCCAGGCGUUAGGGACAAAGGUUUUUUCCCCUCAGUAAAUAGAAUCAGUCCCUCAAGUUCAGUGUUUCAUUAGACUAUGGUAAGUGCUCUAAAAAUUUAGGAAGUUAGGUAACUUUAUACCCCAUUCCCCCCCCUCCCCGGCCCAUACUGUUCUUCAUGAUAGUUUGAUAGCUGUUGAUUUUGUUUUAAUUUUGCCAGGUUAUUGCUUUUGCAAGUAAAAUGAGGAAUAGGGAAAGCUGGGAUCUGCACUUGUACCCUAUGGUCCCUCUUAUAUAAAGUUGAGUUUUUGAAGAAAGCUUAAUAAAUAGUCUGAAAUUUUUAUUUUUGUAUAUAGAUAUUUGCUGCUAAUUUGGUGAAUCCUUGCCUGUCCCAGAAUUGUCUUACGUUACUUUUUUUUUCCCCUUGGAUCACCUGGGUUUUUACUGUCCCCAUUAGCUGUAAGUACUUUGCUUAGAAGAUUUUAAACCACAUUUGAGCUGAAAAUAUUUCAAUAAAUACACUUAGGUUUACUGCACCCCUACAAGAGUCUUGAACGACUGAAAUGUUACAAAGAAUUGUAUCUGCAGAAGGAGGUGAUAUUUCUUUUGUAGCUUAUCUGAAAUCCAAGAUGCUGCUUCUGCAGUUUGUUUCCCAUCAUCCAGGAUCUUUGUUUUA